AUGACUCAUGAAUUGGAUCAGGUGCUUGCCACCGCUUGUCACCUGAGUGGAGGGGUGCAGGAGCUGUUGGACGGUUUCUUCGAGUUCCUGGGUCGACGUACUGAUUUUUACGAGCAUGAAGACGAAUGCAAGGAAUAUGUGCUACGAGCGUUUAACAAAUAUCUGCCAGCGCCGAAGCCGACACCGCCUAGUCCCCGACUCGAUCCAGGACCCACAACUAAAACCAGACGGACUCUGGGUGUACAAAGCGAACGUUUCAGUGGUGGGUCUGGAGGGGUGGUAAUUGAGACGGUAUCCUCGUCGGAGGAAAAUGAUCUGCUUUAUCAACUCAGCAAGGGAAUCCCACACCCGCCCAACGGAAUGAAUUACAAACGGUAUCGAUGGACCCAGACGUUGGACAGCGUUGACAUCGUGAUUCCAACAAGACAACGAAUUGGGCUCGGACGAAUAAGCAUCAAGCUCCUCACCCACGAAGUGAUUGUCAAGCUUGACUGCCACGUCGUCUUGGCUGGACACCUCUUUGAACCCAUUGAUACAGCCGAUAGCACCUGGACAAUUGUGGAUGGAAGAACCAUCGAGAUCAUGCUAUGCAAAAGGCAUCACAAUACCUGGUGGCUUAAACUACUCUCUUCCGACGCUGAAUCAAUUCCGCAAGAUUCGAUACAACCAGAGGAGAUAAGCAGCCUUAAGGAGCUGGACCCGGAAACAGCUCGGGCGGUUAGCAAAAUGGUUGAAGACCAAAAGCGCCAGAAAACGUUAUCUAUGAGUGUUGAGAGCGAGAACCUAUAUGACAAGUACUUGGCGCCUCGAUAG